CAGCAUCGUGCCUCAUCUACAUAGCUUGAACAGAGGGCUGCGUUGUGAGCUGAAUUGUGCAUGUUCCAACUCGCCCCUGACGAUCAGUACGACCGUUGUACCAACAUUACACGGCUCGCGUGUGUAGCUCCUGCCCCGCAGCGACGUCAUCUCUCCAGGGCAGUUCUAGCUCCCUACCUUGCAUCGCGAGCUGCACUGCAACCAUUCCAGCUUUAUCGACCCUCUACCAAAACAACAAAUACACAACACCUUCACGAUGACAUCAAAAGCGCCCACUUUGAUCAACCUGCCGCCGCCGCCGGCGGAUCCAGCUACCCCUAGCGAUAUCCCGGGCACACCGAAUUCAGCUACCACGACCAUGUCAGAGUUGUCCACAGUGGCCAUCAAGGACGGACACCGCGGGCACUUCCCUCACCACCACCAACCUGCUGACGCUGAGCGAGCGGAUCGCAUCUCGCGUCUGGCGGGUCUCGAGCGCAUUGGCGUCAGCGGCCGCAACACCCAAGGCCUCGGCCCAGGAAGCGCUGCCAACCCUCCACCUGGCUACUUUGACUCGAACAACCAGCCGCAGAUGUUCCGCGAAAGGAGCACUGUUGGCAGUGCGUCUGCCACCGGUAGCGUAGGUGGUCGCACGACCUGGGCAAGCGGUAGCGAUGCGGGUGUCAAUGAGCCUGACCGAAUGAGCGAGGACCAGAACGAGGAGACAUCCAGCGUAGGCGGAUUCAGUGACGAGGCCUCUCUUGUUGGGUUUGGAGAGGGAGCCAGGACGCCGGCAAGGCAACUCAGCCAGCUCGGUAGCCCUGCUGUUGGCAAGGCAAGUGCAGUACCUGGCUACCUCAGGGAGCAGGGUACUGCCAGCCCUUUGACAGGCGCGAGUGUUGCCAGCUCAGGUACUGCACAAACUACGUCGAGCGCUGAGCAGCAGCGACAGCAGGCCCGUGUGAUUAACGGUAUGACUUUCGAUGAGGGCGACUCAGCGAACCGCAUACCAGGCCCUGGCCAGUCAUCGACAGCGCAGGAUGUCAUCCGCGAGCGCAUGCGUCAGCAGCAGGCUGGACAGGAUGCGAUGGAAUUUAAGCAGUCCAGGGAGAACUAAAGCUCUCUUGUGUUUUUAUCAUCACGCAAGACCGAUGUGAGCGUUUACAAGAAGUAGCUGGGAAUGGACCAAGAAAGCGUGCGAUCUGCGACUUCGGCGCGGAGUCAACAAACCAACCUGAAUGCUGAAACGAAUACACGAUAGCGAAUAAUACAAUCUGCAUAGCCAAUCGCGCAUUAUGUACUGCUGCAAUGGGUAAGUUGGGGUUGAUGUUGCUCCACGUCGCCCCUAAGCGGCUUAGCGCGCCAAGUCCGGCACAAGCGAACGCACCGCCCGGGCGAAUUCAACACAGGGUCAGCUUUGAUCUGACUCCACGACAAAUUCACACGUCUCGAAAUCAGUCGCCAUGGCCAAGUCAAAGAACUCGUCCCAGCACAACCAGUCGAAGAAGAAC